AUGUCGAUAAUCGGGGGUCGGAGGGACCUUCUUCUUGAUGCGUCCCGGGACUCAAGUAGAUGCCGAAUCCGAACUGAAGAGAGGAAAACGGCAGGUGCAGUCAAAGACACCGGUAUGGUGCCUACCGAAGGCCCUCCGAUGCCAAAGUUAGGGACUAAGAGCAAUUUUAUUGACGAUGUGAAAGCACAAGUCAAGUAA